GUAAGGAAGGGACGUGUUCGUUCGUUUUUCCCGCGCAAAUUUUCCGUUUUUCCUAUGUGAUUUAUCAAAAGAAGCGUUCUCAACUCCCCUUUGGGAGUAUCGCAGUUUUAAAUUAUCGUAUUCAAUGCUAUUUUUACAUAAUGUAGUGGGUAAAGCGAGCCACAGAUUAGUUCGAUAAUAAAUCUGUCGAUUUAUAAAGGAUUGUGUGAAUUGCAACGUUAGUAUUUCUAGGCAGGCUUUUUAUAUUGAACGCAUGUGCUUGAAAAUAAAUAGUUUAAAAAAAGUGCAAUGUUAUUUCCGAGGAUUUGAAAUUUGAAAUUCGAUUUUGAGGAGCACCGAAAAAGUGGGGAUGACAAACUCCAACACCGGGUUUCAGUGGGACAAGCUUUCUCCAGCGGAGUUCCAGCAGUUACAGGAGUUAGCCUCGUACUCAACGAAAAAACUUCAAAAUGUGCUCAAAGAGUUUUGUGACGUCAAAAAGCAGAGCCCGGAUGGGGAUAUCGACUAUGAAGGUUUCCGCUGGUUCCUGGACACGUUUCUUGAGGUCUCCACGCCAGAUGAGCUCUCAAGGCACCUAUUCCUGUCGUUCGUGCGUCGCGAGCGUCCUGCGUUACGGGAGAUGGCGGCGGCUAGUUCCCACGCCGGCUGCGCAGCCGUCACUGCGCACGCAGACCACCAGAUGAUGAAGGGUAAGCUGAGCCUGGCUUCCAAGAUCCAUGGCCUGGCGGAGCGGCUGCAGCAGCUCGGGAAAGGCUCCGGGGAUUCAGUGGACGGGGACAAGGGCUCCCGGAGUAGAACUGGCAGCGUUCACCCGAUGUUCACGGUGACAACCCACCCGUCGUACUCGGCGCACGAGCUGUGUCUUGGCCGCGCGGAGACCAGCCCCAGCCACAGCCAGGUGUCCCGCAACUCCAGCAGGAAGUCCAGCAACUCCUUGCGCGUCAACCACAACACUAAGAUCGAAGACUUCAAACACCUCAUGCGCCGGUCGUCGACAGUUGAGGUGCACACGGCGAGAGUGUCUCUCAAGGACAUCGUCUGCUACCUCUCACUGCUGGAAGCUGGAAGACCAGAGGACAAACUCGAAUUCAUGUUUCGGCUGUACGACACUGAUGGCAACGGGGUCCUGGACACCAAUGAGAUGGAUUGUAUCGUCAAUCAGAUGAUGACAGUGGCGGAAUACCUGGGCUGGGAGACUUCCGAGCUGAGGCCUAUUCUUCAAGAUAUGAUGGUUGAGAUCGACUAUGAUGCAGACGGGACAGUAUCCUUGGAUGAGUGGAAGAGAGGAGGAAUGACAACCAUCCCGCUCCUAGUCCUGUUGGGGUUGGACACGAAUGUCAAAGAGGAUGGUGAACACGCGUGGAGACUGAAACACUUCAGCAGACCGGCCUACUGCAACCUCUGCCUUAACAUGCUGGUCGGGCUCGGCAAGAAGGGCUUGUGUUGUAUUUUCUGCAAGUUCACGGUGCACGAGCGCUGCGUGCAGCGUGCGCCGGCGUCGUGCAUCGCCACGUACUCCAAGUCGCGCCGCGCCUCCGCCGCGCUGGCGCAUCACUGGGUCGAAGGUAACUGCCACGGGAAAUGCGCGCGGUGUCGGAAAAAGAUCAAAGGAUACAACGGUAUUACUGGCUUGCAUUGUCGAUGGUGUCACAUUACGCUCCACAACCGCUGCGUUGGCAGCGCGGGCGGCGCGUGCACCCUGGGCCGGCACGCCAAGCACAUCCUGCCGCCCACCGCCAUCAGACCCCUGGUGCUGGACCGUCAGAGGUCUCUGCCGCACAGACCCCAGCCUGACCAGCAAACCUUACCAGUCUCAAUCUCCCUCCCGAUCUCAAUCGCGGCCUCAGCAGACAAAGAGGAGAGGGAGAAAGAGAAGAAGGAAGACAGAAAAGAGCAUAGAGCUCCCCCCAUCUCCUUCCAAAUCACUCCACCAGACGGAUGUUGUCCUUUACUAGUGUUUAUAAAUCCCAAGUCUGGUGGCAGACAAGGCGCAAGAGUUUUGAGGAAGCUGCAGUAUAUUUUAAAUCCAAGACAGGUCCAUGAUAUUGCUAAAGGCGGACCUAUGCAAGGUCUGCAGAUGUUCAAGGACGUGAAGAAUUAUCGUGUGAUAUGCUGCGGAGGUGACGGCACCGUGGGCUGGGUCCUGGAGACUAUGGAUAAAGUGCAAAUGGAAGCCCAGCCGGCGGUGGGUGUGCUGCCGCUGGGGACAGGCAACGACCUGGCUCGCUGCCUGCGGUGGGGCGGAGGGUAUGAAGGGGAGUCGAUCCACAAGAUUUUGGACAAGAUAGCCAACGCAAGCACCGUCAUGAUGGAUAGGUGGCAGAUACUCGUUGAAAACACAACAACAGAGUGUGACCAGCCCCAGAUGCCGGAGUCUGCGCCGCACCCCACCUCCGUCCCUUACAAUAUUAUCAACAACUACUUCUCUAUAGGCGUUGACGCGGCGAUCUGCGUGAAGUUCCACACGGAGCGUGAGCGCAACCCGGACAAGUUCAGUUCUCGUAUGAAGAACAAGCUGUGGUAUUUCGAGUUCGCCACCUCGGAGCAGUUCGCGGCCAGCUGCAAGAACCUACAUGAAAAUAUGGAUAUUGUGUGUGAUGGUCACUCGCUGGAGUUGAACAAAGGCCCAGCGCUGCAGGGUGUGGCUCUCCUGAACAUCCCGUACGCUCACGGCGGGUCCAACCUGUGGGGCGCCAGCGGAGCGCACCGCCGGGGACGCUUCCCCAACGCACAACAAGAUAUCGGCGACAAGUUAAUAGAGGUCAUAGGGCUGGAGAAUUGUCUGCACAUGGGGCAGGUCCGCACUGGGCUGCGGGCGUCGGGCCGCCGCCUCGCGCAGUGCAGCUCCAUCACCAUCACCACCAGGCGGACCUUCCCCAUGCAGAUCGACGGCGAGCCCUGGAUGCAGCCGCCUUCCAAGAUCACGAUAACCCACAAGAACCAGGUGCCGAUGCUGAUGUGCCCAGCCCCGGAGAAAGGCCGGGGGUUCUUCAAGCUGUUCACCCACUGCUAACUACACAAGUCCAAGUCUCAAUCAGGGGGGUCAAAGAGGCCAUAUUGAAGCAAAUUCAUCUAAAAACGAAAAAUUGUUAAUUGACGGUAGCCCAGUUGAAAGAACGCUUGACUCCCAUUGUGAGGUCGCAGGUUCGAAACCCAGCAUAUACCAAUGAUAUUAUCAAUUUUUUUUCCAAUAUGCGUUUAGAUGCUCAGCGAUGAAGGAAAAUAUCGUGAGAAAAACCCACAUUCCCGGCUGGUUUUCCCUUCCCCGGAACUAGGAUCUGUCAAAUCUUCAGAUUAGGUAAGCGGACCCUAAAUAUCCCGCAAAUAUCAAAUCAAAAUACUGUUUUUAAGCUGGGUUGCAUUAAUAAUCAUGCAGAAAGCAGCCAUCCUUAACACCUGUCGGAUAGUACGCAAAUUCCUAUCCUCCGACAUUGACAUCAUGACUGAACGCACAGAUACAUAAUUAUUAAACCCUCCUUCCAGUGGCACUUGGUCUGUGACCCGUGUCUCUGGUAAAUACCCUCCGAAAGAGGAGAUAAACUAUAGUUUAAAAAAAAACACUUUAUUGCCCACAAUUUCACAAAUUCAUUAAUGUGGCCUCUUUAAACCGCUGGUCAACUUAGCACAAUGUUUUCUAUAAUCUGGCCUAUAAGCACUCCCGGGCCACGCUUCUUCAUACAUACAUACAAAACGUCUCUCUGCCUACCCCAUUGGGUGAGAGCCCUCAGCGCUCCCCAUUUGUCCGGCCAAGUAGUGAAUGCCACAG